AUGUCACUCAUCAAAUCCCUCGUGGCAGCGGUCGCCCUCUUGGGCGCCCACACUCAUGCCACCGGCGUAUCAGGCACCGCCAUUGGUUUCGCAUCAGGCACAACAGGCGGUGGCAGUGCCAUCGCCGCUGCGCCUAGCGACACCACCGAGUUGACCAAGUGGUUGACCGACAGCACCCCAAGAACCAUUCUCAUCGACAAGGAAUUUAACUACCUCGGCACGCAGGGCAAGUGCACCGACUGCAAGUGCUGUAUCCCUGAGUCCAAUACCUGCGGCAGUGCCGGCCAGAACGCCAUUGAUAACUCCGACUGGUGUGGCAGCUACCCUACUACCACUUGUACUUAUGACAAGGCCGCCAUUGAGGGUAUCAAUGUUGCAUCGAACAAGUCUAUUGUUGGUGUUGGUAGCAAGGGUGUCAUUCGCGGUAAGGGUCUUCGUUUGACUGGCGUCAGCAAUGUUAUCAUUCAGAACAUCCAUAUCACUGAGUUGAACCCUCAGUUUAUCUGGGGUGGUGAUGCUAUUACUCUUGACGGUACCAACAACAUCUGGAUUGAUCAUGUCAAGGUCAACCUUGUUGGCCGUCAGAUGUUUGUUUCCGGUUACAAGGCUAGUGGCGCCGUCACCAUCUCCAACUGUGAGUUCGAUGGCCAGACCAGCUGGUCUUCUUCUUGCGAUGGCCACCACUACUGGACAGUCCUGGGCUACGGUAAGGAUGACCAAGUAACCUUCACCGGAAACUACAUUCACCACACCUCGGGCCGCUCCCCCAAGCUCGAAUUCAACAGCUUCUGGCAUGCCUACAACAACUACUGGUUCAACAACACCGGCCACGCCUUCGACGUCGGCGAAAACACCAACGCCCUGAUCGAAGGCAAUGUCUUCCACCAAGUCGAGACCCCUUUCCUGGAUGAUAGCAAUCCCGGCGCAACCUUCGCAGUGACCUCCAGCUCGGCGACAACCUGCAAGUCCAAGCUCGGCCGCACCUGCUCCCCCAACUCGCUCGUCAACUCAGGCGCCCUUUCCGCCAGCGACGAGUCCGUCCUGAGCGCCAUGCCCAAGAACGAAACCAACGUCAACGUCCUGGCUGCCAGCCGCGUCCGCUCAUCUGUUUUGAAUAAUGCUGGUGUUGGUAAGCUCAGCUCAUCAAACGCUAAGCGUCAGUUACAGGACUUCCCUGCUCGUGCGCUUUCUUCUGCUGGCCCUGGUGCUUCCCCUGUUGGUCCUAGGCCUACUUGGAGCUGGAGGACCGUUGGUGUUAAGCCUACUCCUUCUGGCUUGCCCACUGGCCUCCCUACCGGACUCCCAACUGGUUGGCCUACUGCCUUCCCCGAGCCUACUGGUCCUCCUUUUGGUGGUGAACGCGGCGCUGGCUUCCCCUUUGGGUGGUUCUAA